AGACACAUAUGGCGAGGGGUGGGCCAGGCCAGUACAUCCUCUUUCCUGCAUAAGCCUAUAUAUAUGUUCCCAAUCCAUAUGCAAUGAAACAACCAAACCCAAAUUAAACCCUAAAGAUCACGUACAUACAGUACUAAAUGCUGCCUGCAAUGGCAAACGUUAACCAAGAAUCUCAACCCCAGGCUGAGGUUGUCGUGAAUGUCACAAGUACUAUUGAGUUUACUGGCUCCUCCCCACAAAAUAAAACCGGAGUUCUUAUCAAAGCCAAGGCCCUAAUUUUGCCAAUCUUGAUGAAUUUGCAUGCUGGGUAUUUUCGGAUAAGCCUCUCUCUGUGCAGCCAGGCGUUACUAUGGAAAACGCUAAGCGAGCCGCCGUCAGACGGCGGCGCCGGCGACAUUCACUCUUUAAGAAAAAUGCUGCACAGGUUGCCUUCCACCGCUUUCUUUCUCCUAUGGUGUUUUGCGCUCUUCACGCUGGUCUCGCUGUCUUUGAUCUACGUCGUCCGAUGUUUCCUCCGGUUCGACAUGGUUAAGAAUGAGUUCUUGCACCACGUCGGCGUCAACUACCUGUUCGCGCCGUGGAUUUCGUGGCUCCUCUUGCUGCAAGCCACGCCGUUCUUCAAACCCAAAACGACGACGGCGUAUUACCUGGUUCUUUGGUGGGUGUUCGUGGUCCCCAUCGUGGCUCUCGAUGUCAAGAUUUACGGCCAGUGGUUCACCAAAGGGAAGCGGUACCUCUCCGGGAUCGCCAACCCGACGAGCCAGAUGUCGGUGAUCGGAAACUUGGUCUGCGCUAGGGCCGCCGCUCAGAUGGGGUGGAAAGAGAGCGCCAUUUGCAUGUUUUCACUGGGCAUGGCGCAUUAUUUCGUCCUCUUCGUCACCCUGUAUCAGCGGUUGCCUGGAAGUGGCUCGAUUCCGGCGAUCCUACGGCCGGUUUUCUUUCUCUUCUUUGCUGCUCCGAGCAUGGCAAGCUUGGCAUGGGACUCCAUCUCUGGAAACUUCGACAACUCGUCAAAGAUGCUAUUUUAUCUCUCCCUGUUUCUCUUCAUUUCCUUGGUGUGUCGGCCGGCGUUAUUCAAGAAAUCAAUGAAGAAAUUCAACGUGGCAUGGUGGGCGUAUUCUUUUCCUUUGACGGCGAUGGCGAUGGCGUCGACGGAGUACGCACAGGCAGUGAAGAGCACAGAAGCCCACAUCCUAAUGCUCAUUCUAUCUGGGCUCUCUGUACUGGUUUUGCUUCUUCUUUUGCUCUGCACUGCACUCAAUACCACUUUGCUUCUUCCCGCCGCCGACGACCACGACGGCGACCAUAGCAGUAUUGUUUCUUAAUUAUUCUGGUACGGUGUAUAAUUAGAUGAAGAAAGAUGAAGAAGGUCCCUUGAGCCAAUGAAACUCAGUCCAAAUUAUUGGGAAGAAUGAAGUUGAGGCUCUGAUCUUCGACUCAUAAUAUGCAUAUCCCAAGUUCGAUUCAAUCGUUGAAUUAAUGAUCCAUAUGUAUUGCAUAAUGCGUAUACAUGGUAUCACUUCAACGUUUCAAAUU